AUGUCAGAGAAAAAAAUGUCCACGCGAGAUGCACGCGAGCUAGAGAUUGCUCGGGCAGCUACUCGCUUAGUGAGGACAAGGGGGGACGAUGUGAAGCACGCUACUGUCUCUUCGACAUAG